AAAGGAAUCAAGAAGAAGAAGAACAACAACAAACCCAGAAGUCUGUCAAAGUGUUAAGAGACUGAGUUCAGUAUAUACGUGACGGAAAUUAUAAAAUUCCCCAGAUUUUGAGGAACAAGUCUGUAAUAUAGAGUUUGUCAGUGUAUGUCUGGUGUUAGGAGGUCGUAAUGCAGCAAAGUAAAGCCGCUGUGAGUGUGGAGGUGAAGCAAGUGAUCGCAUCUCUCUGUAAGAUGCUCUCAGCCGUCGGGCUAGAAGAAGUCCCUGCACCUGAGACCUUCAGACGGGCUAAGUUUGGUGCUGGACCCGAGGUGGUUAGUUCAUAUUUUGUUUGUCUUUAUCAGAAGCUGUCAUGUAACGAGAGCUGGGGAGGCUAUUUUAUGGAAGAGGUUUCACUGCAGCUGUUUUAAACUUUGAAGAAAUUUAGUUCGACAAAAAAUACUGGUUCAAAAGCAGAUGAGGUCAAAGGCAGACAAAACCGUAGGACAAAACCACCAAAGAAAGGAAAGGUACAUUUUUGUCUUUUAGACUUUUCAUUACAACAAAACAACAAGAGAAGUUGUGUUUUCUUGGGUUAAAUUGAAGUAAUCUAAAUGUAGCUACACUGAAGAAAAUAUACUGUACUUCAUUUACAGGCCUGUAUCAUAUUUUAUUAUAUCAUAUUAUAAAUCAUACAUCAUUAUUUAUCAACAUACCAUAUCACUUUAUAUUUAUAUCUUACUGUGUCCUCAUCCCUUUACUCUUAGGUUUUUGCCAUUUACCUCAGAAUAUAUCCUUACUGCCCUGCAUAACUCUGAUUUAUUCAUACCUUUGUAUCACACCUGUAUAUAACACAGUUUAUAAUACUUUUUAAGUCUAUUUGUAUUUGCUAUUUGUUUGGAUUCUGUCUUAUCUUCUGUUGCACCCCAUGCCAAGGCGCCAGAUGGGGCUAACAACUAUCAUUUGUUACACAUUGACCUAUUAAAAGUAACAGAAAACUCUUUUCAAAGUUUACCAUGUCACUUAUUGUAACCAAAGACAAAGAAUUAAACGAGCACCAAUAAUUAACAAAAGAAUAAAUCAAUAAAUAAAGAAAAUAUAAAAUCAACUAAAGUUAAAGUUAUUCUUAUUGUCUUAUUCUUAUCAGAAAGUCAACUAAAUCACAAAGAAUCCACCCCUAAUGCCUCUGGCUACAGCAGGUGGUUCCUGGGUUUUAAACACUCAGGACCAGGUGAAGCCAAUCGUCAAUUAGUGGCUUCACCUGGGAAGACAAAAGGGCGAGAACACACACACAAGCAACAUACAGCCGUCACAUCUUAUCUUGUAUCUUAUCUUGUCUUAUCUUCUCUUGUCUUAUCUAACUCUCACAUUGGUAAAGAUUAAUUUAAUUGAAUUACCUGCAAGCCACUUUAACAACUGCUGUACUCCUUAUCUAAUGUAUACAUUUUUUUCACGAUGGUUUCUUGUCAUAAAUAGUGUGCAAAUAAAAAUUAAUGACAAAUUGAUAAAUACAAAUAAAACAAAUAAAACAAAUAACAUAAAUGAUAUUGUUAGUAUCUAGUCUGCGAGAGCUCCCUGUACCUUGUGUACCAUUGUACCAAGUACCUUGUGCAUGUACUGUAUGUGCUUUUGUGUACCACUGAAGUCAUUGUGUAUUCUGCUGUUCUCCAGGAGGAUCAGUUUUGGAAGCUCCUCUCCAACAUCCUGCAGACAGCAGGGAUUGUUUCCUGUGAGGCUCAGGCACAGUUUGGAGGAGGUCAGUCAUGUCUUGGUUGUUAAAGAUGUCAUCUUUAUAGUAUAGACCUUUUUUCUGGCUGGUACUGAAUACAUAUUUUGCAACUUCUGUGAUCUGGGAAUAAUUCUGGGUUGUUAGCAAUUUUAAUCUUACGCUAAAGUUUGUUCUCCUCACAUAUUAGAAGACUGGCUAAAGUGAAGUGGUCUUUUUUUCCCUUUGUUUGUAACCUCAGAGCACUGUAAGCUGGUAGCUGCUGGUCUCUGGCAGACUGGUUACUAUGCUGACUGGAUGUUUAUUAAGGAGGGAGGAGGAGGAGGAGGCGGUGAGGAAAGGCGAUGCUCCAGUAGAGAACUCCUCCUCGCUCUGGGCUGGUUGAUCGCUGAGGGAACUCUGGAGAAGCUGGUGUCACAGAGGGUGAAAAAACUGGACAGGACACUGUUUACACCUAUGCCUGUAAGUGCUGCUGGUUUACUGCCACCAUAUACUUGCAAAUGAAAGCUGUAUUUGUGCACUUUAGUAUCUUUAAUCCCUCUCUUUUUGCACAUAUCAGGUAAACAGUCAGUUUCCCACUAGACCUCAGAUUGACUCAUCAUCUUUGCGAAAACUUCAGUGGCUUGUUGGGUCUUUGAGACAUCAGAACCGGAUCUUGUUGUCCAUGCAAGAGGAGCGAACUCACUUGCUCCAUGCUGUAAGAAAAUCUCUCAUUCUCCGUUUUUUUCACAUUUUAAUUACUGAGUUCAUAAGGACAGAGCAGAUGUCCAGACAUAUGGGGAGAAGACAUGACAAAGAAAUAGUGUUGUAUCUCACCCUGCAGCUUAAUCUACUGAUAACUACCAGGAUACAAGCUGGUUUUAGAAACACAGAAAUAGGAAAUAAAACAAAAAUGAUCUUUUUGGACAUAUGUUUAGGUUUUUCUUGCCAGCCUCUCCUACCCGGAGUCCUCCUUUGAGCAAACCUCAGCAGUGCUGAAGGAGGUAAGUGUGUCUCAGUUGUUUCAGUGAAUUACUUUAAAGUUUUAUUUUACAUCUAAAAUUUCCCAUAAAAUUUCAAUCAAUAGUAGGGGCUUUUAUUUGUGGUACAAACCUUUAUAGACAACAGGCUGCUGAUUUAAACCAGCAAGAAUAUUUACCUGUAUAUGGGCACUGCACUUGGCUGGUUUCAGUCGUAUCUUUUAGAACAAACCUUUGCGGUCACCAUAGGCAAUCACACCUCCUCUACUUCUGCUAUCGCCUGUGGUGUUCCGCAAGGUUCAGUUUUAGGUCCAAUUUUAUUUUCUAUAUACAUGCUGCCCCUUGGCCAAUUAAUUCAGCGCCACAAAGUCUCCUUUCACUGCUAUGCAGACGACACACAGAUAUACCUUCCUUUGAGACCUGAGGACCCAAGAGGCCUAGCUGCUGUCAUGGACUGUCUAAGUGACAUUAACUGUUGGAUGGCACAAAAUUUCCUUCAGCUAAACUAUUCAAAAUCUGAAAUAAUUCUCUGUAACAUACAAAACUCCCCCCUCAUUCAGUCUUGUCUCGGUCCACACUCAGUAAUCAUCAAACCAACAGCCAGAAAUCUGGGAGUAACCUUUGAUUCAGACCUCACCUUCUCCACCCAUAUCAACAAGAUUGUCCAGUCCUGUUUCCUUCACCUGCGCGCCAUUUCAAAGAUUAAACAAAUACUCACCCCACCAGAUCUCGAAAAGAUAAUCCACGCCUUCAUUUUCUCAAGACUGGACUAUUGUGACUCUCUCCUCCCUGGUUUAAACAAGAAAUCACUCUCUCGCCUCCAACUAGUUCAGAAUGCAGCAGCUAGACUUUUAACUGGUUUUAGUCGACGGCAUCACAUCACCCCAAUUUUAGCCUCCCUUCACUGGCUUCCUGUCAGCUUUAGAAUUGAUUUUAAGAUUUUAUUGAUUACUUUUAAAGCGCUCAAAGGACUUGCUCCAAGCUACAUUUCAGAGCUUUUAAUAUCUUAUGAGCCAACUCGCAGCCUCAGAUCCUCUGGCGAAGGCCUCCUGGUCGUUCCAAAGUCGAGGCUCAAGACUAAAGGUGAUAGAGCUUUCUCCAUCAGAGCUCCUCGACUUUGGAACGACCUGCCAGAGGAGAUAAGGCGUGCAGAGACAGUCGCUUCUUUUAAGUCAAUUUUAAAAACUCACUUUUACAGACUUGCCUUUAUGUGAUGCCAUCUUUCAUCUUUUAUUGCCUUUUACCGUUUUUAUUUUUCUCCUUUUUCUUUUACCUCUUUCACCUCUUUCUUAUUUAGACUUACUGCCUUUUUAGCCUUUGUUUUACUUAUAAUCUUUUUAUUGAUUUUAAUGUUUUCAUUUUCCUUUAUUUUAUAUAUAUAUAUUUAAUUCCACUUUAUCAUUUAUAUUACCAUCAUUUUAUUUUAUUAUGAUUUUAUUAUUAUUAUUAAUACCCUCUUUUAUACUUACUAGCCUGUUUUCUUCCCUCCUUGUCUAUUUCUUUUUUGCUUUUAUUUUGGUCCUCAUGGUCCCAUUUAUUUUGUAGGGUUCUUGUAUUGCCUGGGUUUCUUACGAAAAGUGAAACAGGCCUACAAUUCAGAGGCCUGUUUUUAACUGAGCUUUUGUUUUUAUGUGUUUUUAUUUUCAAUGUGCUGAUGCUCUGUGCUUACAACUGUUGUCAAAGCACUUUGUAAACUUCUGUUUUUAAAGGUGCUAUAUAAAUAAAAUUAUUAUUAUUAUUAUUAUAUAAAACCAGUAAAUGAAUAACAUUAAAUAAAAGUCACAGGAUUAGAAGAGAGCGAGCUCCCUUUAAAUAUCAGUGCACAGCCUAAAUAUUUUGGUUUCUUCAUAUACUAUAACUCAUGUAUUUGCCUUUAAAAUGUUGCUUUUUCAAUGAAAGAAAAACGUCUGUUUUUUGUUGAAGAUCAGCCCAUGGAGUCAACAUGAAAAGUCGAGUCCUCACCAUCUCUCCUUUAUUCACUGGGUCUUAAAUUUGUUUUGUCUAAAUCCUGGUUGUUUUAAGGGAGACUCUAACACCAGACACUGACAUGCUUGGGCACUGUGGAUGCAUGUAUUAAUAAUACUUUACUUCAGUUAACCCUCCCCAUUCUCACACCACUUUCAAGAGGCUUUUGCUUUACAGUCUCUCUUGGACAGAGGUUGACUUUUGUGGCGCAAAUAGCAUGGCAGCUCUCAGGUCCUGUUGUUUUCUUCUUCCGGCCACCACAAUCACUCUAUGUGAACUGCUGCUUUUGAAUUAAAGGUUAGGAGAAACAUUUUGGAUUAGGGUUUAAGUUUUUUAAGUAAAUUGAAGAUCUGAUCUCGGAGAGAUGCGUCCGAAAUAAUGUAUUUUAGGGUCUUUUUUCUCUGGAGGACUGUUUUCACAAAUAAGUACCAUUUAAAAGGGGUUUUCAUCAGGAUUUUUUUGAAACUGUUGUGAAGGGCUUUGCUCAUAUAAUAUAAUACAUAUAAUAAUACAUAUCAUAUCACAUCAUCAUAAUGUAGAAAAGCGCUUGAGCCUCUACUAUGGAUAAUACAGUGAUAAUGUUGGCAGUAACCUAGGAGACCACGGAAGGUCACAGGUCAUGCUCCUGCCCUAUGUUGUUCACAUAGAUAUCGUAUAGGAUAUGUUAUGUUAUAAUUACUUGCAGCUAAUGUCACUUGGACUUACGAUGCACAAGCCUUCUGCUUAGUCAUUCACAUGGGAAUUUCGAGGAAAACCAGACCACGUUGUUCUGUUUCUCAAAACGUAACUGUAAAGUUAAAAAAAAACACAUGAAGGCCAAACAUAAACGUUAAAGUUACUGCGCUUACAUUGCAUGGGCGUUCAUAUUUUCACAGGCUUGAGAUAUUCGUUAAACUUAUCCUUCUUAGGUACAAUUCUCUCUCACCCUUUUUUCUCUCCCUUGACUCCGCUCUUUCGCCUCUACACCGCCACUUUCGAGCGAGCUGCAGUAGAGCCGCACGCUAGUGACAGUUCAGUUUGGAGAGGCCAAGUAAUUUUUUAUCUUUAUUUUUAUUUUUUUAUGAUAUGGGAAGACGCUUGGAAGGAGGGGUAAACGGUUAUUUCCCGGCUAACACGAAAUACCAAGCAGCUAUUUUCCAAGCCAAUGUUCAGCUGUUGUUGAUGCCUUUGUGUUGUUACCAUGGUGAUAAAAAAGCUAUUGGAUGAGUUUGGGGCAGUUGUUUUUUUCUUUAAACAGUUUGUUGAUAGCCCUGGUCACUCUGGCAGAUGGAUUUUAUUGAGGGGAGUAGAGGAAUCUACACACCUAUCAGGGUGUUGUUUGACACACUGAUUUAUGAGUGUACCAUACAGUGCUGCUGGCACGUUCAGGCCUAUCAGACUAAAGUCACUCUCAUGACCGAACUUUUAAGUCUUCAGCGCCACAACCAUCUACCUCCUGAGCUUACUGCUGAAGCCAUGGUCAACCUUCUGAUGGAGGACAGCAAGAGCACUCUCAGAGUGCGUCUGUGGGAGUUUGAGAUGGAGGAUUUUGACGAGGAUCUGAAGCCUCUGCUUAAGCUGGUGUGGGAGGUAAACACUUGCAUGCUCUAAAGAGACAUUGAGUUCAAGGCAAGAAGAUUACUCGACUCCGCAGAUGCCAUGCUUCCUUUAUUUAAGCAUCCCAAGAUCCUGAGGAAGGCACAUGAGUAUGCUAGGAUCCUUGUGGAGGAGCUGCAGACCAUUCCUGUCCCUAAAGAGUUGGACCUUCAAGAGGUGGUCAUGGCUUUAGUCCCCAAAGUCCUUCAAGGUUUCUGGAAACCGAAAAAAAAUAAAUGUUGUGACAUGCCCUCGAAAAAGAUCAGCGAGAUGGUCGUUGGAGUAACCUCCACAGCUAUUUCUACCACUCUUCAAGUUACCUUCUCCAAACCUAUAGAAGACAACAUGAUCCUCUCAAUUGACAAAGAAGUGAGGGAGAUAUGCCCUGAAGAAACUCUGAGGAAGAAGAUAAACUAUUUUGAGGCAGAGAUUUUGAACAUCAUCACCAAUGUCACAGUGAGACACAUCUGUUUGUUGUUUGAGUCUCAGACUCGCACAGAGACACCUGUUGAAAAAGCUUUAGCUCCUGUUGUCACCAUGCCAGCUGAACCUAUACUGAUGUUUUUUGCCCCUGGAGGGGAAGCCAGAAAUGAAGAACCAAACAAAAAAGACUCCUCAGUAGGACAAACUGCAUGUCCUACCAAAUAGGCCCAGAACCAGACCCUUAUGAGGGGGAUAUUAUGAGGGGCUUUGUACCAAACAGUAUGAUCCCUCUGAGGUGGAAGCUCAACCAGCUCCAGUCGAGGCUGAUAAACCCACUUCCAUUGACCAGACACCACCAGAAAAGCUUUUGCCAGUCCCUGUGGUGGUCUAAACCCAGUUACCUCCUGUUUUGCUGCCAGCCAAGCCUCCAGUCAUGACAUCAGCCUUUUGCUGCUCAAUCUAAUUCAUCAAUACAAAAACCUCAGCAGUGAGCAUUCAAUGAACAAAAAUGUGAAAUAAAAUCUAAAAUUGGUACUGAUGUUGUGCUGUCGGAUUAAUAUAAAACUGACAAAAACAAUAAAAAAACUCCAUAUACUUUAAAACUUACGUCUCAGUACAGCUAUAUGAUUUGGUUUAAUAUACUCUGUCAUUUCUUUUACUCUGUAAUGUGAAGUCUCUGUGUGUGUGUAUGUAUGUGUUUCAGGACUGUGUGUGUAUGCGGGGUCUGUGUGAGCUCCUAGAAUCAUACCUGAACUGGAAACAGGUGGAGAAAGUCUUCUGGACCUGGAUGGUGAGUUAGACGCAGAAACAUACACUUUAAGUAUUUUAAAAAAACAGAGAAUCAGCAGAUUUUUAAGUGACAGAAUCUGAAUAACAUUGGGUUGCAAAAUUAUGAUGUCAUUGUUGACAGAGGUUGCAGCUGCCAAUGUGGUUUUGUGUGUGUGUGUGUGUGUGUGUGUGUGUGUGUGUGUGUGUGUGUGUGUGUGUGUGUGUGCGUGUAGGGCAGUGUGUUGGACUGCCACCUCACAGAUCCAGUUGUUGUGGAGAAGGCUCCACACACACUCAGAGGGAGUGCAAAAGUUUGUCACCAUGGAAACCGAGGACUUGAGAAAAUGGAAAACAUGCUCCAGAGACUGCCUACAAGACAGGUGUUCAACACACACACACACACACACACACACACACACACACACGCGCGCACACACACACACAUGCACAACCACACUAAUGCACUUACACACAUGCACCUAGAUAUUACUACAAUCAGAGGUCAUUAAUUGCUUAUUAUGAUCUGUUAUGGUCCUUAUAGAGAAGCUUAGUGGUUGAAAAUAUUAAAAACUGAAGGAACAGCAGAUGUACUGACAAAUGCAUGCAUCCACUGUUUUUGCUGCCGUGUAUCCAGUGUUCUGACACCAUGCCUCAACAGCAUGUAACACAAACAAACAUUAGCAGCCAAAUCAGCUGGAUAACACUAUUUAUUAUUUGACUGUCCUCUUACCAAUGCAGUGCAAAGUGUUGGGAUGUGCUACUACACAGUGUUUCUACAUUAAUUCCUGUUGCCAACAAAUUCCCAACAAAAAUUGACUUACUGGCUAUUAUGAAGGGAAACCCAGCAAUGACAGCAUCAGUGAGCACAAGUGUAAAGCUCUGAAACUGGAGUAGCAUUCAAUAUCAGUAUGGAAAUUACUGAGAGUAGUCACAGUAGUUCUUUGUUAUUCAUUUUUAAUUGUUACCCAAAUUGAAAAAAAAAGUUAUUAGAAAUAAAACUCAGCAAAAAUGACAAACAACCGUUUUUCUUAAUCCUUUCACUCUGGUCUUACACAUUAGUUUUCUCUUGUCUUAACGCCUCUCAUUAUUCAACACAGAAAGGACAGGGGAGAUACCGAGCAUUUGCUGAGGACAGAGGAGGAGCAGAAGCACUACAAGCUGGAUCAGAUACCUCCUCCCUUCCUCAUCUCCUCCCCUCCCUCUCCACCCUGCACACCUUUCCUCAGGUGUACCGAGCCAGACUCCAGACCAUAGUUCUAGUGAAACACAGCAGCAGACCUACAGACGGACCCUGUGGUGGUGCUGAGACUACAGAUGAGCUCCCGGCAUCUCAGGCUACUCAGCUGCUCCUUCAGAUGGAGGCUCUGCUCCUACAGAGGAGGGACACUCAGAGACUGGCCAACAGGAUGCAGAUGCAGGAGGUGGUCAGCAGGCAGGAGGAUCUAGUGUUAAUACCUCCAUAGAUCCAAAGACAGACUGAAUGUUGGUAUUCACAAGGAGGAUUUCUUUGAUUUGAAAAUAAACCCAAUUUAGAUUUUUCAUCUUUAAGUUAUCACUUUUCACAUAGAGUUUUUACUUUGAAGCUCGUGUAAGGAGUUUUUAACACGUCACGAAACAGACUUGUAUUGUUAGUGAUGUCUCGUUAUGACCUACAGCAACAAAAUGGACCAACAGCAGCAAGAUUAAUAACUUCAAGAUAAUUUCAUACUACCUACAAACACUGCAGCAGGGGAAGAGAUGGAAAAGACCAUGUUCACUGUGCUGAAUAAAGAGUUAAAAUUUAUUUAUUUACAAUAGGUGACAAAUUGCUGUGCCACAGGACUACAGGAUACAAUUUUUUAAUUUGAGAAAAACAAGCAAAAAAAAAAGGCAAAGAUUUGACUCUGAGUCCACAAGGGUGUGCCAAAAUCAGCUUAAACCAAAAGUUUCUCCCUGGAGCUUUGAUUAGUGCUCCACCAGAUGAUUUUACUAACUUUAUUGUAAGAUUUUUAUCAAAUUUUUUAUCAAACACGUUACUUUCUCCAAGUCAGAACUAAAGCUUCUGUGAGGAGAACUUACGGUUUAUGUAUACUUAGGCGCCUACUGUGGACAAACUAGUACCUCUUAUCUUUUCUUUAAUUUGUCCUGUGUGUACUUAUAUUGUGUUUUUUAAUGAAAUAUUAGUUCUGUUGUGUCAAGGUUACCCCACUGAGAAUCUAUGCUGUGGAAAAUGUAGAUGAUAAGACUACUUCAGCAGCAUCACUUCAUAUUUCACCUGCUCUGCGGCAGCAGUUUCAGGCAUUAAAUCAACAAAACAGACACAAUCCUUGAAAUUAGAGUGUCAUUCGAUUUAGAGGUCUCUUUAAAGGUAACGAUAUUUAUUUUAUUGUUUUGAAUCCAGCUAAAAACUCAUCACAGAAGCUUUAAGACAGAUUUCAAAACAAAAAAAUCUGUUUGUCAGUCUGCAAAUUUAAGAAAUCAAACAAGUUCAAACUAAAUAACAAAAUAUUAAUUUACGAAACAGAUUAGAUGAAAUUUUUGCUAGGAUUUUUGAGUACUGAAGUCCCUGGUUAAGGCUAACAUGUCUGACUUAAUGCUGAGGAUGUAGACACAACUCUCACUUUGAUUUCACUUAGGCUCAAAGCACCAUAGGCCGCCCAAUAAUUCUACUGAAGGUCCACUGCAAGUCCACGAGACACAUGUAGACUGGAUAAGCAAAUAUGCCCCCCUCAAGAGGCCCUUGCAGAGGUCAAGAGCUGGUCCACUGAACUUCUGCCACUUUAAUGUUUUCAAAAUUUGUGAAAGCUACACAGAAAGAAAAAAUCAUUGAUACUGCACAACAACAACAACCAAAACAAGGUCAGCAGACCCUAGGAUAAAGCUUUAAUGUAAAAAAAAAAAAAAAAGUAAAAUAUGAACACAUGAACUCAGCUGUUAUUAGACAAAUACACUGCAUAAAGACAAACACGAGCCACAGAGGUCAAAAACAUCUUUGCAUUUUUAUUGAUUCAUCUAUUAAAUUAAACGACAACAAAUUGUUUCAAGUGUGACCAGCAAAUUUACUUAAGAUUAACGCAACACCAAGACAUAUAUGAAUAAAUAAAUGUCAAUCAUUUAAGGAGCUUUGAACACCGUUAACUUGUAAGUGUUUGGCAGGAGAGAUAUGAAACAGGAAGAGUGACAGUAGAUAUACAGCGUAUCCACAUCCUGAUGAUCCACUCAGUCUUUUAAAGACUGAGGCUGUGACGUUAAGGCUUUUAUUACCAUCAUGAAGAAUUCACCACCAACAGUUUCUGCAUGUAUGAGUUGAGCCACUUCUGUCUCUCCAUGGAAGUGAGCAGUUUACUCUUCUCUCUGAAAGCAGCAUCAUCAGCCACCACCAUGUUCCUCUUUGCCAAACCACCACCCUGAGGUGACCAGUCAGCAGGCCACGCCCGCUCAUCGCUGUAAGGUAACACAAGAACGAGACCCUUAGACCACUUUUGUAGGGGACAUGAGGCCACAAGUGUAAUUUUCAAGUUCAUGCUUUAAAAUCACCACUCUGUGAGAGGAUGCCAAAAAUGAGCAAAUAGUUCAGCUAUUUAGAAUAAUGUUGCAAAGAGGGAGCUUUCAUCAUCUUAAGUACAUGAUAUCAGACAAUGUGGAGAAAUCUCUGUAUGAAAGGGACAAAGACCAAAACCAUGAAUGGAUAGCCCUGAUCUUCAGGCCCUGUUAAAUACAGGCAUGAUCCUGUAGUAGAAGAGUCCUGCUCCUAAACCAGCCUACCAGCAGUCUUGACUUGUCUCCCAUUGAAAACAUCGGAUACGUCAUGAAAUGAAAAAUACCACUGCAUUGACCCAGAACCUUUGAACAGCUGAAAUCCUCCAGCAUGGUUUCACCUUCUAAACCCCAGAAAGUGGUUUACUGGGUUCACAAAUGUUUACAGUACGUUGUUAAAAGAAGAGGUGAGGCCACAUAAUUGUAAACAUGCCUCUGUUUGACUGUUUGAUGAUGUUGAACCCGUGUUGAAUAUCAUCGGUUUCUUAUCAAUUACCUUGCUUCUACUCUCUCAGGGCCAAGUAGCCACGCCUCCCUCAUCAGUCUGCCCUUGCUAUUGGCUGCUGCUCCGAUGCUGGGUGUGGACAUCAUUUGAAUGCUCCAAUCACGGAGAGAGAUGGAGGGGAAGAGGACAUCCCAGUCUUCUUGUUUGGGUUCCUCUGAAUCAGCUGGACUUCUGCAAAUAAGGUUCAAGUCAGAAUUACUGAAGAAAUGCAAUCUAGUUGUUGUCUCAAAUUUCAGGUUUCAUACAGAAACCUCAGCUAGACAUGCAUGUAUAUAUAUUAUUUACAGGGUUUUACUUGUUAAGUGCAUUUCAGUUGUGUACUCAAGACCUACACUUGAUUUUCCUCAUUAUCUCAAAAUAGCAAGGCCUGCUUUCUUGUGAUAGAGGGACAAUUUCCCAAUAAUGUAGACAGCUAAACAAUAGUCUGUUGACAGUGUUAUGCUGCCAUAUGCUGCCUACACUAAUGAGAUAACAAGAUAAACAGGUCAGGAUCUGGAGGAAACACUUAUUUGCACAGGAAAACUGACAAAAUGCAUGUCCACUUAGGGCUUUUGUGUAGUUGUUUUUAUUCUCUUCAUGCACCAAUAAUAGUAAGUAGUAAGUUUGCUUAUGUCUUUAACUGAGUUAUUAAAAAUCACCUGAGAUGUAAUCGAGGAUGAGGAAAACCAGACGUCAUCACGAUCAUACCCAGGAUGCAAAGCAGCAGGGUGGGCAUACGAGGGAAAGACGGUAGCUCUGACAUCCUAAAAUGAUUGGAAAGACAAAGCUCUCUUAAUUAAGGCUCAUCAACAUAACCUAGUUCUUCUUAUGUCUAUAUUUGACUAAUGAAAAGUCAAAUAAAAUAAAUCAAAAUACAAGUUAAUGAUCAGAAAUAGUUUCAGAUAUAUUUUCUAAUCAGAAAACACUGUUCAAGGUUUUCUUGUUCAUAGAGUUGACAUUUGACAUUAAGAAAGAUUCUUGGAGCAUCUUUUUAGUUCAGUUGGUAGAGCAGGUUUAAAGCCCUCCUCUUACAGGCUGCAAAUUUGAUUCCUUGACCUGAUGAAAUUUUGUGCAUGUCAUCCAAAAUAAAAGCCACUGCAUAUCCCAACUUGCACCACACCCCAAAAUGCCCAAAUGCGCAAGAGCUUGCAGCCCCUUUGCAGGUUUAAUCCUGUGUUUUAUAUAGCAAAGAUAAAAAAAAAGAGAUUUACUGCAGCAUGAUCAGUUUAAUGCUUUCUCUUAGGUUCUGAAAAUAAAAGAAGUCACAAUGUAAGUUGUUUAGAAAUAAGGUCUUCAAAUAAAAUUAAUUAGGUGCAAAAAAAAAAGCUAGAAAAAGGUUUAAAAAAGUAAGAGCAAAGUACACAGCAGUAUCUAGUAAUGAAAAACAUUAAAAACUUGAAAAAUUGUAACUCAGAUUUUUAGUUUCUGCAUAAGCACACAAGCUACUGGUAGUGUGAGACUUUUCAGUUAAACAUGCUGAUAUUAGAUCAUUUAUUCAACACAGUUUCAAGUAAUUUGCUAGAGAAGUGUUUGUUUUUAUAAAUACAUUUCCAUAAAUCCAAAAAGAAAACCUGAAUCUGAUCUCAUCACUUUUUCUACUACAGCAAAAGUUUAAAAACAUGCACACGAAUUUACUGAGGCUGCUUUAAACAUUUAAUUAAAAAUAAAUAAAUAAAAAAACUUCUAAGUUGUGGUCAGAGGAGUUUUAAAAAGCUGCUGUUGUCUUACCUGUUCCUCAGGAGGUAGGCUUGUCAAUUGCUCUCUUUAAGUUUUUUUUGCUGGAGGUUUUCUCUUGAAGUCUUAUCUCAGUUGUUGUAGAGCAGGUGUCACAGAAGCAGAGAAAUAAAACCAACAAACCACACCCACGGGAGAAACUUUCUAAAGUCUGAAACUUGGUGAGCUGCUGCUUAAUAUCUACUCCUACUGUCGUUAGAUUUUGACUUAAAUUUUCCGUCUGAAUGGCUGCUGGUUGUUUCUGUCAGCGGCUGUGUGGAGACAUAUGUUGGAUGAAAAGUCCGUUUCCUGACGUAUGUACUUAUAUACCCUGGACUUGAGUGUUUUAAACCCCAUCCCCCUAAACCCACCCACACAUACACUACAGCAUACAUAGAUCAAACCAACUUUGACUUCAGUGUGGAAGAGGAAAGCCCAAGAGGAAGAGCUGUUAGCUUGUUAGUGUCCCGUUACAAAGACUCUUAGUCAUAUUGUGGUUGUAGAGAGCCCACCGUCUUAUUAUUGAAAAUCAUUACUGAGCCGCUGUGUGUGAGGAAAUAUGUGCGAGUGUGUUCAUUCAUGCUGUGUGGCGGAUCAGACACACGUUAAAUGUUUCUCUCCAGGACUGAGUCACUUUGUCCAUACAUGAAAAAAUAGGAUAUCUUUGAAGACAGUUUUACAAAAAUACUCUUCUGCUUGUCCCUAACGAAAUAUAACAAACACACUCAGAAGCUUGUAAAAUUCAGAGCAGAUUCAACCUACGAUACCUGUCCCAGUGAUGCAAACACAAAACUCUAAUACAUCUUCACUCUAAAGUUGAUAUUGGAAGCUUUUGAAUAUGCAUAUUUGAUUUGGUGGCCUGUCUGAGUUCACCCAGUUGAACUAUAAAUUAAAAAAAAAUAGAUGCUUGUCACCUGGUUUCUGCAGCCCAAACCUGAACCCU